UAGUUAUGAUCAUGAAUUAAAAAUUCAAAAAGCAAGAGAAAAUGCACGUCGAACAGAAAAAGAAAAAGAAGCAGAACGUUUUGAUUUAUUAAUGCAUGAUUUUUUAGAUCAAACAAUGGCUGAAGAACGUCGACAAAAUGAACUUCGUCGAAAAAUUGAAAAACUUCAUCAUUCACGUCAACUUUAUGAAACAUUACAAGCGAAAAAUCAUGAAAUACAAAUGGUUGGUGUACAAAAACGUCGUUUAGAAUUACUUAAUGAAAUAAAACGUAAAGAUCGUCGAUCAGAACAUUUUCUUAAAGAUAAACAAGAUACGACUAAAUUAUCUCGAACAUUAGCUAAAUCAUCUCAAGAUACUCGAGAAUAUAUAAGAGAAACAAAUGAAAAUUUUGAUCAAAAAGCUAAAAAAGCUGAAUUAGCAAGUAGUAUUUUAGUAACAAAACCAAAGGUAACUGUUGAUCGACGUUUAUUACAACCAUCACUUCGAACAUAA